UAUCUCUCUCUCUUUUGUUCCUUUUCUUUUUUUCUUCUUCUCUCCAGAAAAUAGGAUCAUCACUUUGAAGAUAUGUCAUCUAAUCGUCGACGAAAUACAAAUCCUUCCAGACGAGCAAAUCCAAGUGAAAUUACAACUCCUCCUACAGAAACAACAGUACGGAACAAAGACAAGUACAAAUGGUCGCACAUCCAAGAAAAAACAUUAAUUCAAGUGUUUGACGAAGCAAUUGUCAUGUCUAAUUACACUCUUAAAAAUCCUACUGCGAUUGGUAGAGAGUAUAUGGUUAAAAAGUUCAAUCAAUCGUUCAACAUGGAUAUAACUUAUGGUUUCUUCAAAAACAAGCUGGAUGAAUUCAAAAAAAAACUAUAAAAGAUGGAAGGUUCUUAUGCAUAAAACUGGGAUAACGGUUGAUCCUGAUACAUCUAUGAUAUAUGCAUCUGAAUCAUGGUGGGUGGACCAAGAGUUUGCAUUUCGUAUAUGUCAGUUGCGAUCACAAGACCCAAACAAUUUAAGUUACGAAGAGAGAGUUGAAUUGUGGAAUUUGGAAAAUGAACAGUUUGAAGAGUUAGUAAUUCAACCAGCUUUGGCUUAUUAUGAUCGAUAUUUUCAAAGAGCACCAGCCCAAACUGAUGGAGGUUUGGGAUGGAGAAAUAUAUGGCAUCGACUACAACAUGAUGUUGCUGCUUGUCUUCAGUUAUUACGGAUGUCACUUCCAUGUUUCACGACAUUGUGUAAUAUGUUGCAAACAAAUUAUGGUCUACAACCAACAUUAAAUAUAAGUAUUGAAGAAAGUGUGGCUAUGUUUUUACAGAUAUGUGGGCACAAUGAAGUUCAAAAAGAUGUUGGUUUGAGAUUUGGCCGAAAUCAAGAAACUGUACAGAGAAAAUUUAGAGAAGUUCUUACGGCAACUGAGUUAUUGGCAUGUGAUUAUAUUAGAACUCCAACAAGACAAGAACUCUAUCGAAUUCCUGAAAGACUUCAGGUAGACCGAAGAUAUUGGCCAUAUUUUAGUGGAUUCGUUGGAGCUAUGGAUGAGACUCAUGUAUGCGUCAAAGUAAAACCUGGGUUACAAGGAAUGUAUUGGAAUCGGCACGAUAAUGCAUCAUUGAACAUCAUGGCAAUAUGUGAUUUGAAUAUGUUAUUCACAUAUAUCUGGAAUGGAACACCAGGAUCAUGCCACGAUACAGAUGUUCUGCAAAUGGCACAACAAAGUGAAACCGAGUUUCCUUUGCCUCCAUCAGAUAAGUAUUAUCUCGUUGAUUCUGGUUAUCCAAACAAACAAGGAUUUCUUGCUCCUUAUAGAUCAUCACGAAAUCGAGUUAUGAGAUAUCAUAUGUCCCAGUUUCAUUCUGGUCCUCCUCCAAGGAAUAAACAUGAAUUGUUCAACCAAUGUCAUGCAUCUUUAUGUUCUGUUAUUGAAAGAACGUUUGGAGUUUGGAAGAAGAAGUGGAGAAUACUUUCUGAUUUUCCAAGAUAUAAUGUUCAAAUUCAGAAAAGAGUGGUAAUGGCUACAGUGGGACUACAUAAUUUCAUCAGGAUUUCAAAUUUCUCGAAUGCAGAUUUUGCAGAUGUAAUGACUGAGACGAACAACAACCAAAAUUUGAGCAUGAUAUUAGUGACAUGGAUGCAACAGAGAUAACAGAUAGAGAAGCUAUGACGCAAAUAAAAGAUACUAUUGCAAAUAUUUAUGGAAAAAUCAAAGUAAUCAAUAAUUUUUAAAAAAAAAUUGUAUCUUUUUAUAGUUGAACUUUUUAUCAAUAUGUCCAAAAAAAAAAUA